AUGGAAUUUCAGAAACCAAUAGUUACGGCAAUUUUGUUAUUAAGCCUAGUCAUUAGAGUCUUUGCUGAUUGCAGUUGUGAAGACGAAGAAAUCCACGGCAACAAAAGCGAAACCCUUAAGUACAAAUUAAUCGCACUUGCUUCCAUAUUGAUUGCGGGCGGAAUCGGCGUAUCUCUACCUUUCGCUGGCAAAAUCUUCCCGGCUUUACGCCAUGAAAAAGAUGGUUUCUUCCUAAUAAAAUCAUUUGCUGCUGGUGUGAUGCUGGCUACCGGUUUUAUCCAUAUACUUCCAGACGCGUUCGAGAGCCUGACGUCUCCAUGUUUGAAAGAACAGCCUAAGAAUCAGACGGUAGUUGAAGGGGUUGACGAUGAAGAAAAUAACGUUGGGGUUGUGACUGUUCACAUGCAUGCAACCCAUCACCAUUCUCACGCCAAUGAUAAUUCCCAAGUUUAUCGAUAUCGGAUUAUUUCCCAGGUGCUGGAAUUAGGAAUUGUCGCUCAUUCAUUAAUUGUAGGAUUAUCGUUAGGUGCUUCCAAAAGUCCGGAAACCAUAAAACCACUUAUUGUUGCCUUGUCCUUCCACCAAUUUUUCGAAGGAUUAGGCCUCGGUGGAUGCAUCUUUCAGGCAAAAAUCAAGUCAAUGGCGACUAUAUCAAUGGGAGCGUUUUUCACCCUUACGACUCCAGGUGGAAUUGUAAUCGGAAUAUUGAUGAGCAACAGCUAUAAAGAAAACAAUACAAAUUCUCUUAUUGUGGAAGGCGUGCUAAAUGCUGCAUCGGCUGGAAUGUUGAUAUAUAUGGCACUUGUCAACCUACUUUCUCCCGAUUUCAAUAAUCCCAGGAUGCAAAACAAGAAGAUGCUUCUACUUGGUUCAAAUGUUUUUCUUCUUCUUGGUGCCGGCUUGAUGUCUCUCAUAGCCAAAUGGGCUUGAGAAUAUAUUGUUUUCACUGAAUGGAUUUGUCAAAUUACAAUUUCCUGACAAUUAAGAGCAUUAAUUUUACAUUUGUUAAAAUGAUUCCAGAUUAAUCAUAAUCCUCACCAUCAUCAUGCGAUUCUUUGUUUCCUUCUAUAGCUCUUUUUCAUGAAAUUAUUUGUACCCGCCAAUAGUCACCAACAAGUGAAUUAAAUUAUAGGGGUCAAACCAG